UGGUGACCCUUGACAUCCACAUGUGCAAGCACGAACCUGAAAUUUCUCUUAGUUUCUUCCCUCAAAUUCCUCCCCAAAACCGUCAUUAUGAAGAAAACCACUGCUUCCAAAACAUCAGAGGAACCAGAUUCCUUCGUCGAGCUGUGUAGGGAGUUUUUAGUGAGCGGUUUUUCCGCGAUUCCGGUGAAAUUCGGCUCCGCGUGCCUGGCGUGCCAGCUUCUGUACUUCAAACCGCACCAGGUCCGUGGGACAGACGACAGCAGACCGGCGGACAGGACGCUGUUUGUGCUGAACGUGCCGCCGUACUGCACUAAAGACUGUCUCAACAGGCUCUUCUCAAGAUGUGGUAAGGUGGAGGCUGUACUUUUCUGUGAGCGGCCAGGAGGACAGAUCCACACGACAGAUGACACCAGCACGUUCUUCCCAAGGUCGCAGGAAAUCAGGACGUUCAAGGUCGCGUACGUCGUGUUUGAGAAGCCAUCGGGGCUGAGGAAAGCUGCGGGGCUGAAGCUGUCGGAACCUUUUGUGCUGUCGACAAGAGACCAGCCGGUUGUGACUGGUAUGAGAAAAUGGUGCCAGAGAUACACACAGGACAGGCCGGAUGUGGCAGAGUUACAGAGUGAGCUGGACAGUUACAUGGCUGAUUACGACAAGCGAAAGCAGGAGGAGCUGGAGAAGGAGAAGGCACAAGGGGAGGAACCUGACGAGGAAGGGUGGAUCACGGUGACCCGCCAUGGCCGAACCCCCGGCGCUCCCCGUACAGAAGCCAUGGAGAAAAAGGCGCUGAAACGGGAGAAGAAGAAACGUUCUCGGCGAGAGUUGAUGAACUUCUACACGUUCCAGAUCCGGGAGUCCAAACGAGAACACAUCGCACAGCUCAGGAAAAAGUUUGAGGAAGACAAGGAUAAAAUAGCUGCGAUGAAGGCUAACAGGAGGUUUAGACCGUACUAACUGUUGAUUUAAACCUAUUGAAAAUAAGUUGAUUGUAGAUCACAGUGCAAAGAAAUGUUUAAGACUAGGUUUUCCAGUGUAAAACUCCUAGACUAGCUUGUACAGUACUCGGUUGUCAGUGUGAAACUGGAAAAGUGUUGAAAAACAUGGUAAAUACUG